AUGGCAGAAAUUACUCCUAUCUUGAAGGAAGGUGAUCACGAGCAGGCUAAUAACAAUAGACCGAUUUCGCUUUUACCAAUGGCAAUGUUGUCUAAAGUAUGUGAAAAAGUGGUUUUAAACCAAGUUGUACCAUAUUUAGAUUUAAAUAAACGUUUAUCCACCGAGCAAAGUGGCAAUAAAAAGCAUCAUUCGACAGAAACAUCAUUGAUAGAAACUACUGACACCAUCUUAAAUGCGAUCGACAAAAAGAAAGUUACUGCUGUGGUCCUGUUAGACAUGAGCAAAGCAUUCGACAGUUUAGACCAUAAAAUCCUUAUGCUAAAAUUGCACGAUGUCGGAAUGUCGCCUGCCGCCCUAAGCUGGUUUUCAAGCUAUCUGUCGAACAGACAACAAGCAGUUCGUAUAAACUCUGCGCUCUCCGGAAAAUUAACAGUGCACAGCGGAGUUCCACAAGGAAGUAUCCUCGGACCCGUUCUUUUUAAUAUAUAUGUCAAUGACCUACCCGCAGUCCCCCAACACUGCUCAUCCAAGAUAUAUGUUGACGAUAAUAAACUAUAA